UUCCCCUUGUUAAGCCAUCCCCUCCGGAGGACUGAAGCUGUGGGACUUGGUGACACUCGCGAGUGGAGCAAGAUUCCCUUGCAGCCGUCAGCCAGAUCGACCCCUCUGCAUGUAUGAGUGUGCCAGCAGCAGCAAAGGGGGCAGGGUUCUGCUUGUGGAGUCUCUGCUGGGACCAGAGUGAAUGGCCCCCAGGGACGGCGCGGAGCCUCUGCCUCCGCCACCUCCACAGACCUGGGUCUGGCCUGGAAAGAUGGUAGCGAUGGGUGCCCUGGCGGGUUUCUGGGCUCUCAGCCUGCUCACCUAUGGCUACCUGUGCUGGGGCCAGGGCGUAGAAGAGGAGGGGCCCCUGAAAGCGGAAGCUCAAGAGAGACCUGAACCAGGUGUAAGGGCCGCCUCCCAGCCCCAUCUCAUUUUCAUCUUAGCUGAUGAUCAGGGAUUUAGAGAUGUUGGUUACCACGGAUCUGAGAUCAAGACGCCCACUCUUGACAAACUCGCUGCAGAAGGAGUCAAACUGGAAAACUACUAUGUCCAGCCUAUUUGCACACCAUCGAGGAGCCAGUUUAUUACCGGAAAGUAUCAGAUACACACGGGACUUCAACAUUCUAUCAUCAGACCUACCCAACCCAACUGUCUACCUCUGGACAACGCAACCCUACCUCAGAAGCUGAGAGAGGUCGGCUAUUCAACCCACAUGGUUGGGAAAUGGCACUUGGGAUUUUACAGAAAAGAAUGCAUGCCCACCAAGAGAGGAUUUGAUACCUUUUUUGGCUCCCUUUUGGGGAGUGGCGAUUAUUAUACCCACUACAAAUGUGACAGCCCCGGGAUGUGCGGCUAUGACCUGUAUGAAAACGACAACGCUGCUUGGAACCAUGACAACGGCAUCUAUUCCACCCAGAUGUAUACUCAGAGAGUGCAGCGGCUCUUAGCUUCCCAUAACCCCACAAAACCUAUAUUUCUUUAUAUUGCUUACCAAGCUGUGCAUUCCCCGCUGCAAGCCCCUGGCAGGUAUUUCGAACACUACCGAUCCAUUAUCAACAUCAACAGAAGGAGGUACGCAGCCAUGCUCUCCUGCUUGGAUGAAGCAAUCCACAAUGUGACCCUGGCUCUCAAGAGGUAUGGUUUCUAUAACAACAGUAUCAUCAUCUACUCCUCAGAUAAUGGCGGGCAGCCCACAGCAGGAGGAAGCAACUGGCCUCUCAGAGGUAGCAAGGGAACAUAUUGGGAAGGGGGCAUCCGGGCAGUUGGCUUUGUGCACAGCCCACUCCUGAAAAACAAAGGAACGGUGUGUAAGGAACUCGUGCACAUCACCGAUUGGUAUCCCACCUUGAUUUCACUGGCGGAAGGACAGAUUGAUGAAGACAUUCAGCUCGAUGGGUACGAUAUCUGGGAGACCAUAAGCGAAGGUCUCCGUUCACCCCGAGUGGAUAUUUUGCACAACAUCGACCCCAUUUACACCAAGGCUAAAAACGGCUCCUGGGCAGCAGGCUACGGAAUCUGGAAUACUGCAAUCCAGUCGGCCAUCCGGGUGCAGCACUGGAAGCUCCUUACAGGAAAUCCGGGCUACAGUGACUGGGUCCCCCCUCAGGCUUUCAGCAAUCUGGGCCCAAACCGGUGGCACAACGAGAGGAUUACCUUGUCCACUGGCAAGAGUAUCUGGCUCUUCAACAUCACGGCUGAUCCGUACGAGAGGGUGGACCUCUCCAGCAGGUACCCAGGCAUCGUGAAGAAGCUGCUGCGGAGGCUCUCCCAGUUCAACAAGACAGCAGUGCCCGUCAGGUACCCCCCAAAGGAUCCCAGAAGCAACCCUCGGCUCAACGGAGGAGUCUGGGGUCCCUGGUACAAAGACGAAAACAAGAAAAAGAAGACAAACAAAACUAAGGCUGGGAAAAAGCAGAAGAAAAGCAAGGCUAGGAUGAGAAAACAGCUGACAGCGUGCGCCUCAACAAAAUGCCACUCAAGUCUCACCGCUGGCUAAAGGCAGGACUUUCUGCCGCGGGUUAAACUUGAACUGCCCUGUUCCUAGGUAAUCGAGAGAAUUUGGCUCAGAAAUACAACGGCCAGCCGCCUCGGGCUUGUUUUCACGAACUCGCUCUCUGCUAGAGGCUUCUGACACCUGGCUGCCAUGUGGACAAAACCACCUUCGUGGGUGCCAAAGGCGGUGCUUCUGCAGGCCACACA